CAGCGCCGGAAUAAAGUUUGUGUGAGGCGGCUGUGAGCUGAUCAGAGGAGAGAGAGAGAGAGAGGAAAGCAAGAGAACGAGUUAUUCACUCUGUCAUCCUCGUAGGACCCAUAGGACGCCAUGUUUUCCCUGUCGGAGCUGGCUCCUAUGAACCACCAUCAGAGCAGGUCUAAACUGCUGAAGCCCUGGUGGGAGGUCUUCAUGGACUACCUGGUGGUCCUGAUGCUGAUGACAUCAGUCCUGGCCUGUACCGAGCAGCUGUCCAGGGACCGAGUCGUGUGCAUUCCCUUGGAUACGCUUGUCACUGCAAAUAUGAGUGGGAAUGUGAUGCUGACUCCAUCUUCAAAGCCCCCAACUCAAGUUCCACACAACAUCAGCCCAGAGUUUCAUUCUACAGCCCGAGGUCGACGCACACAUCUGGUCUACCAGCAGUAUGUUUACAUUAGCCAGGUGUGCUACCAUGAGGCUUUGCCUUUGUGCUCCCGCUUCUUCCCCUACAUGGCCUUACUGCAGUCUCUAGUGCUGGUAGCCAGCGGCUCCUUCUGGCUCCACUUCCCCCACACCUCUGCCCGCAUAGAGCACUUCUUGGCCAUCUUGGCAAAGUGCUGUGAGUCGCCCUGGACGUCUCAGGCUCUGUCCCAUGCCGCCCAGCAGGAGAACAUCCAAGGAAAGGAGGUGGUGGUGGAGGGAAGACGACCAACGCAACCUCUUCUGCCCUCAAGUUCAUCUUCACCCCUGGGGACCCGCACAAGACAUUCAAGCACGGACUCGGGCACGGACAGCCCGCUUUUGAAGAGGUCAGAUAGUGCAUCCACUGCCGCCCCGCCGUCCCCGUGCCCCUCCAGACUCUCCUGUAACUCCUCCAUGUCGUCGCUCUCAAGCGUUCAGUUUCCUUCUUCCAAGCCCUCAGUCAUGGUCGACAGUCCCAGACAGGUGAUCAGUCUGGAUAAAAGCGACGGGGAACAGGCCAGGGCGCUGUUUGAAAGGGUCAGGAAAUUUCGAUCCCACUGCGAGUGCUCAGAUGUUAUAUACAAGGUCUACUCGGCUCAGACGAUAUUCAAAUUGCUGAUGGUAACGCUGAUCGUGAGUUACACCAUCCCUCUUCUCAGCUCCUUCACCUUCACCCACACCUGUCACCCUGAGCAGCAGGCCUUGGUGGGCUACACCACCUUCGAGUGUAUCCAUGUGCUCUCCUCCCUCAUGCACAAACUGCUGGUGGCCUACCUGACUCUACUGGGGCUGUACGGCCUGCUGAACUUUUACACUCUUGGCUGGAUUUUACACAGCUCUCUACGACAGUAUUCCUUCCACUUGCUGAAGGAGCUGUGCUCCCUUGGAGAUGUUCCUGACCUGAGAAACGACCUGGCCUUCCUUUUACACAUGUUGGACCAGUACGACCCUUUGCUGGCCCAGCGUCUCUCUGUGUUUCUGUCCCCUGUCAGUGAGAGCAGGCUGCUGGAGGAAAACCUGGAGAGGCACUGGGGGGAGGAGAAGCUGCGUGCCGUAACUAGCGUGGACGCAGAAGGCUGCUCCAGACUUCAGCUGGUGGCGCUGCCUCGCCUCCCUCCAGCACUCUUCACCCUCAGCCAGCUUCAGGUCCUCAAACUGGAACUCAUCACAGACGCCAGGUUUACUGCGCAGGUGUCCAACAUGACGUCGCUCAGGGAGCUCCACCUUUAUCAUUGCACAGCAGCCGUGGAUCCAAGUGCACUUGCAACCUUCCAGGAACGCUUGGAGAUCCUCCACCUCACCUUUACUCAGGCGUCAGAGAUCCCCACCUGGAUCCUCUCCCUCCGCGGCCUGCAUGAGCUCCACCUCUCUGGCCGCCUGAGUAGUGACGGUGGGGUGGGUCGCAGCUGGGCACUGGGUAGCCUCCGCCAGUUGCGUCACCUCCGUGUGCUGGUGAUUCGAGGCAUGUUACAGCGGAUCCCCGGGGAGCUGAGUGAGGUGGCAGGCAGCUUGGUGAGGCUGGAGAUCUACAAUGAGGGGACCAGGCUGCUUGUCCUGACGGGCUUGAAGCGGAUGGUCGACCUGACAGAGCUGCUGCUGCAGGACUGCCAGCUUGAGCGUUUGCCUUCUGCCCUGCUGGCUCUCACCAACCUGCGGACACUCGACCUGCAGCAUAACAACCUGAGGACUCUGGAGGAACUUCUUAGCCUCGCUCAUCUGCGACGUCUUUCUUGCCUCAGACUUGCCUUUAACCGGGUUCUGGUAUUGCCGGCCAGCGUUGGUGUGCUGCGUGGCCUUGAGCUCCUAGAUCUAUCCAACAACCAGCUCCAGAGCCUUCCCCCAUCACUCUUCACCCUUCGCCACCUUCGUAGGCUCCUGCUGGCUGGUAACCUGCUGGAGGAGCUGUCUGCAGAGGUCAAGUCACUGCAGCUCCUUACAGAGCUGGACCUCAGCGGAAACAGGCUGGAGAGACUUCCCACUUCGCUAUUCAGCAGCUGUUUGGAGCUCCGCAUCCUGAACGUGGCUCACAACUCUCUGAGUUCAUUACCAAGGGGCAUUGCAGCUCUAAGUCAGUUGUGCAGGUUGAACUUGCGCAGUAACAGUCUGGAGGAACUGCCUGCUGAGCUGGGCUGCUGCUCAGGCCUGCAUGGAGGUGGUCUUCUUGUGGAAGACUGGCUCUUUCUUUCUCUGCCUCCCCAUGUCAGGGACUUCCUGAGCCAGUCUUGCCCCCCCUCUGGUGCAUACGCAGAGGGUCAUUCCCGGCCAGAGUCCGACAGUUUCCCAUAUUUCUCUCCAACACAGUGGAGCUUCUCUUCUGCUCUGGAAUCACAGAUUUAAGACUGAUUGCCAUCUUACUGCAAAUAUCAGUAUCCUAUAACACGGAUGGCAUACACCAAUCAACCUAAUACUGUAUUGGUCCCCCUUUUGCUGCCAAAAGAACCCUGACUCUUUGAGGCACAGACUCCACGAGACCUCUGAAGAUGUGCUGUGGUAUCUGCCAGCAAGAUGUUAGCAGCAGAUCUCUUAAGUUGCGAGCUGAGGCCUCCAUGGAUCAAACUUGUUUGUCUAGCACAUCCCACAGUUGCUCGAUUGGAUUGAGAUUUGGGAACUUUAGAGGCCACACCUCGAACUUGUUGUGGUGUUCCUCAAACUAUUCCUGAACCAUUUUUGCUUUGUGGUAGGACGCAUUAUUCAUACUCUGCAACAAUGCUUUGGUAGGUGUCAAAGUAACAUUCACAUGAAUGGCAGGACCCGAAGUUUCCCAGCAGAACAUUGCCCAAAGCAUCACACUACCUCUGCCAGCUUGCCGUCUCCUCAUAGUGCAUCCUCGUCCCAUGUGUUCCCCAGGUAAGCGGUGCACACGCAGUACGUGAUUCAUCAGACCAGACCACCUUCUUCCAUUGCUCCAUUUGCAGUUCUUGUACUUACUGUCGCCCAUUGUUGGCACUUUCGGCAGUGGACAGGGGUCAGUGUGGGUCACACAGCUUCAUACGCAACAGACUGUGAACCACUAUGUGAACCACUUCUAUCAGAACCAUCAUGAACUCUUUUAGCAAUUUGAGCUACAGUAGCUCGUCUGUUGGAUCGGACCACAUGGGCCAGCACUUCACUCAUGACCCUGACGUGCUUCCUUGGACCACUCUUGAUAAGUACUGUUGCUUUUUUUUACCGUGAGGCUUGAACAACCGUUAUUAUUACAUUUACGUUUCAGCCCGCAUAGUGCACAUUUUGCACAAAUUAGCAUUAACAUUGUGAGGGAAAUUUUUUAUUCUAGACAAGCGUAUUCAUAAAUCUAAUUUCUUUGGCCGAGCGUCAAUAAACUUUUCAGCAUAAGACAUCUUGGACUCGUGUGCACUUUCUUUCCACUGACUGAACUGACCAUUGAUGAAUAAACUCCUCCAAAAC